CGAAGAAGAACUCUCUAAUGUCGCCGAUCUCUCUCUCUCCCUCUUCUCUCUCCUCCUCCUCCUCCUCCUCCUCCUUCCUCCGCGACGUCGCCGGCGAACUCCGGCCGUCCGCCGCUUGAAUCGCUCUAGGCUGCUCAGCCGGAACCCUCGCCGGAGCAACGAAACCCUCCUCCUCCUCCUCCUCCUCCUCCGCCGCCUCCUGUCGAAAGAUCUCUCGCGACGCUUGCGCUCGUCGUUCCGAGCCGGUCCAAUCUCUCCGUUCUAGGGUUUUUUUUUUCUCUCCUUUUCAUGUUCUCUGCGGCUUUCAUGUCUUGUGAAUGGAGAUACAGCCCAGCUUCGCCACCGAUUACCUCGCAUCCGGUCCUCGCCUCGUAGCCGCCGCCGUCGCCACCGCCCUCUGCUUGCUCCUCGCCUUCGCCUUCCUCCUCCUCUCCGUCGUCUCCUCGAAAUCGAAGAAGCCCCCCUCCUCCUCCUCCCCCUCCGCCAAGCAGCCGGCGAGCUUGAAGGCCUGCGACUGCCCGUGCACCUGCGGCUCGAGCGUGCUGGAUUCCGAUUCCGAUUCCGCCCCGAUGGCUGUUGGAAAGACGUACGCGAACGGGGGUGGUGUGGUGGAGGCGGCCGCGGCGGCGGAGAGGCAGAGCGGGGCUUCGAUGAUGGAACAGCUCGUGCCGGAGAUUACGACGCACGCGCUGAGUUACCUCGAUUACCCGAGCUUGUGCCGGCUUUCGAUGACUAAUUCCUUAAUGCGGAAGGCGGCUAAUGAUGACAAUGCCUGGAAAGCGCUCUAUCAUAAGGAUUUUACUCUGGAACAAGAUAGCGUCACACCAGUCAAUGGGUGGAAAGCCUACUAUGCGGCUACAAGGGCUAUUGUGAAUAUUAAUUCAGAUUUCUUUAACAUUAUUAGAGAAAGGUCCCUUCAAUCAAUGAGCCGCCUUUGGCUCAAUGCAGAUUAUGUCAAGUGUGUUCAUGCUUCAGGGGAACUCUUUUCUGGGUAUAAUGCUGUGAUACAAAGUUGGCAGCUUGCAUUUAACUGGGAUCAGGGGGUUGACUUCCAGGUCCGCGACGUUCGUGUCCGAGUGCUGACAGACAUGGCUUGGGUCACCAUGAAAACUUUUGUUGAUAUGGAUACUGGGCCUUUUAACGUGACAAAUGUCUUUGAAUUUCAUAAUGGACAGUGGUACAUGGUACACCAUCAUAGCUCGGUGAUGCUCAUUGAUGGAGACGUGGAUCAACAAAACAUUCAUGGGUAAAUGGAUGAGUGGUCAGUUGGCGAGGAUGAAGAUCAUAAUCUCGGUUGCUGGAGCAAUAGUGGUAACUAGUCUGUAGGAAGAAAGGAUUUGAAAAAAGGAAAAACUAUCUAUGAUUUUGUCGAGGGGUACUCCAUAAUUUUUUCGCCCCAACCUUAUUAUGGGUGAGUCUGGUACAUGAAGGCUGUCUUGCUUUACCAUCCAUAUCACAGUGUUUCUUCUUGUUCUGUUCUGUAUAGUCUUGCUCAAAUUAUGAAAGUACAUACAUGAUAGCAAUGAGAUUCGAUUUGAGGGAUGAACAUUACCGGUCAAGUUUGGCGUGAAUCGAAUGAGAGCUAUGUGAUAUGCCAAAUAUGGGUUGAAAAUACGGGGAUCGUGAUAUCAAUGGUGCUUUUAAGUUUUAUUGAA